CCACAGUGAAAUGGAGAAAUGAGAAGAAUGAAAAUGUUUCCCUCUAAUAAAACAGGUCAAGGACAAGACCAGAAAUCAUAUUUUCAAAUCUGAUCCUAAGUUGUGACGUCAUAAUUUUUUUUUAAAAAUAAAUAUUGAACCAAAUCGCAGGCCGUAGUGUUAAAAUUUUGGUGUCAUAAUAUCAGGACGCUAUAUUAAUUUCGUCAUAUCACAACCUGUCUCUACAUUUAUUUUGACAGUAUGUUACUUUCCUCACAUUUAGCCCUUAAGCUAGAAAGUUGCUCCAUCUCUCGCAUUUAUUUUCUUUUUAUCCCUAAAUUUGCGUAUUAAAGAGACUUGAAACGUGUGGUUAUGUGAGCCACGCAUUUAUUUGGCAACUGCUGUAGAAACGUCUUACACUCUCUUUCUCUCUCUCACACACUCAUAUAUAAGCAUGUACAUGCAAUCCCAAUAGCACGCACCAGCAUAAAGAUGGUAGCCAUUGUUGCUUCUUACAGUGUCUUUCCGAGUAAAGAAACUCCCAAAGGUCAAUUAUGGUUAUCAGAUAAUGACCAAGUCGUGCGUUCAGGUCACACACCCACUAUCUAUGUAUACCAAGCAAAACACAAUGAUGGCACCACCCAGAGGUUGAUAAACUCUCUUGCUCAGAUUUUAGUGCCCUACUACCCACUUGCUGGCAGGUUGAGCUUAGCAGAAACUGGUCGAAUUCAAGUGGAUUGCAAUGCCAAAGGAGUGACUUUUAUUGAAGCCGAAACCACAAAAUCAUUGGCUGAUUAUGGAGACUUUUCACCUUCUGAUUCUGUCAGGGAGCUUGUUCCAAAGAUUGAUUACACUCGACCCAUAGAGGAAAUUCCUUUGUUGCUUGUGCAAUCCACAAGAUUCCAUGGUGGUGAAGGUUUUGUCAUUGGAGUGGCUUUCUGUCACCCUAUGGGUGAUGGGUUUGGUGGCAUUCAGUUCAUCAAUUCCUGGGCAAAACUGGCUCGUGGAGAGACACUUGAGCCACAUGAAUUGCCCUACCUUGAUAGAACAAUACUCAAACUCCAACACUCACCAACAUCACCGUGCUUUGAUCACCCCGAGUUGAGGCCUCUACCGCUAAAACUAGGAAGCUCUGACAUCAACGCUGAGGAAAGCAAGAAGACAAGGGCUGUGCUACUGAAACUGACGCAAGAACAGGUGCAGAAGCUGAAGAAUGAGGCGAAUGAAGAACCCUUGAAAGAAGGGGUGAGAGCUUAUAGCAGAUUUGAAGCUAUUGCAGGUCAUAUAUGGAGAUGUGCAAGUAAGGCUCGUGAGCUUGAAGAGAAGCAAGAAACGGUGGUUCGGUUCAAUGCUGAUAUCCGUAGCAGACUGAUUCCUCCUCUUCCUAGGAAUUACUUUGGGAAUGCUUUGACAGCAACAGUGUCACCGAAAUGCUAUGUUGGAGAAAUAGUGUCAAAGCCUUUGAGCUAUGCUGCAGGAAAUGUAAGAGAAGCGAUUGAAAAGCUUAGUAAUGAGUACAUAAGGUCACAACUUAGGAUUGUGUUAGGUGAGGAGCAAUUGGAUUGCAUAAGGGGUUUGUUCUUGGGACAAGGAGAGCGUAGAAAUGUCCCUUUUGCAGGGAAUCCGAAUCUUCAAAUCACAAGCUGGAUGAGCAUGCCAGUGUAUGAAGCAGAUUUUGGAUGGGGAAAGCCUGUGUUUUUCGGGUUGGCAUAUGUUGCUCCACAAGAUAGGGCUGUAAUUCUUCUGAGUCCAGAUGGUGAUGGUUCCAUUAUUGUAUCCAUGCACUUCCAAGAACUUCAUUUGGAGCUUUUCAAGAAAUUUUUCUACCAGAGUUUAUGAAAUUGACCCGCAUCACCAAAACUAUAUUCAGCUUUGGCACUGCCAAGUUUUAUACGUAAUUAAUUAUCAUAAUGUUUUCUGUCGGCAUUAGUUUACUUUGAUUGUUAUUUCUUCUUCACGCACCGGAUGAUG